UUCACAGUAUGUCAGUACAAAAACUGAUUAGAUCGAAGGUCCAAUAAUAAACAUAGUUGAAACGCAACUGAAUUGGCAGAUAUGUAUGAUCAUCUCUUAAAGUGUCUGGGUUUAUGUUUAUAUAUUUGGCCUAAUUGACUUUUGGGCACAAGGUGGUGCCAGUGAUCCACUUGGGGAUAGUAUACAUAAGGGAUUCUGUAAUGUCAAAUAAACCUUAGUAGAUGUAUAUGUGCCAAAUCCAUAUAAUAAUUUGACAUACUUUUUUUCACCGAUGAUCUUAUCUUCAGAAGUCAGAAAGCUGCAUAGGUUUCUCAAAAUAUGUUAUAAACUACGUUAACACUUCAGAUCGCGUUGAGUUGAUGUAAACCGUGACCAACACAAGUGUCACUUCCGAAAAUCGGCCAGUCAGUUUAAUACUUAAUCUUGAAUUAUUUCAAUAUUAGCUUUGUAAGUGUACUGAAUGAUUUAUUAGGUGUGGCCAGCGAUUCAUAAAGGGGAAGUGUGUGUGCGCGCGCGCGUCUGUGUCAGUCUAUAUUACUGCACGGGAUCUCUGUGCCAGGCGACGCGCCGCUCGUCCUCAGCACUCACAUUUCAGUCCAGUUCUCGGGCGGUGCUGGAAGCACCAACUUUUGAUCCUCUCAUCUAUCGGACUAUACUCGAAACAAAUAUGUUACGAGUUGGGAUCAUUCGCUUUCAUUGUCUCGUAUUGGUGUGCAGUGGCGCCUUUGUGGACAGGUAUGAAAGUGCCAAACCCAGUACAACAGUGGUCAACUUGAUUCACACUCUGGAGGAGACACGCACAACAGAACAUCUGCUGGCCGAGACAGUACAUGUGGAUGAUAAUGAAUAUGAUGAAGACUUUAUCUCUGGGGAUUAUGAACUUUACCAGCCAAGAGUGGCUUUUUCCACAAAACCCAAACAUCCGUCUUUGAUGCCCACUACUGAAAACAAGAGAAAAGGCAGAAGGAAGGGCAAAGGAAAAGGCAAAGGCAGGAAGAAGAACCCCUGCCUGAGGGAAUACAAAGAUUUCUGCAUUCAUGGAGUGUGUCAUUAUCUGAAGGAGUUACAGUCUCAUACUUGUGUAUGUGAAGCAGGUUUCUCAGGGGAGAGGUGUCACCUGUUCACAUUAGCAGUAGCUAAAGUGGAACAGCGUUACAACCGGACCACAGCUUUAGCUGUAAUGGCAGUGGUCUUGUCUCUUAUGUGUCUCACUAUCAUUGGUAUUCUCCUGGCACUAAGGUACCACAAAAAAAAUGAUGAUGAUGUUGAAAGUGAAGAAAAGGUCAAACUUGAGACAACCUCAGUAAAGUAGUCAUAAGGGAUAGAAGAAGGCUGAAACACCAAAUGAAGAUGACAUGACAGGAGUCUGAUAAUGUCUGUCAGGGUGUCUUCAUCCCAAAGGUUACACCCAAAAGGAAGUUGUAUUCCCUCUAUGAUGGCUACCAACACUGGAAGAAUAUGCAGAGCAAGGACUUUCUCCGCAACAUAUUGAAGGGGGUGUUUAUGUAUUUAAAGGAACUGAAGUACAGAACAUGAUGAAUGUAAUGUCCCCCUUUUGCAUCAAGUUAUUAUUUUCUUAUUUAUUUGAAAAAGUGUUUCUUGUAACUUGUAAAAAAAAACUUGUAAUUAUUUAUUUAUGUAUAGUUAUUUAUUGUGAAAUGUAACAAUUUUUUAAACUUUUUUAUGUUUUUAAUAUAUGAAUAUUUAUUAUUGAUGAAUACAAUCAAAUGACUUUUCUAAUAUUGUACAUUCUCUUUAAAAUCAGAUACUGCAUAGAAGACCCUCAGAUUAUUUUUAUAUAACCAUAUAUCUAUACUGUGAAAAUAAAAACAGGUGCUUUAAAAAAUACAAUCACACAAUCAUAGAAAUGACGGUGAAUGUCAGAGUCCCUUGGGUUUGACAUUGUUUGCCUAUAGAGAAUUGAAGCAGACGUCACGCCCUAUUUUGCAUGUUACAGUGGCACCGCCAUCUUGGGAGGAACAUACUCAGCUGCUAUCAUUGUUUUGAUAUGUGGAAAAUAUUCGAAAAAUCGAAAAAUGAAAGACUACGUAAUGCUAUCGGAGUUUUAACACAGCAAGACCGACCUACAAUAGCUAUGCUUCCUAAUCAAAAAAAGAAAAACCGAAAACUCCAUUGAAUACACUAGCAGCGAUCCUACCAAGAUGGCGCAAAAUUCAAUGCGGCGUGACGUCGAUCAACAAGCUCUGUUGGGUCUUUUUAUGUAUUAAUGAGAAAGUGUAGCUUAAAUUAAGUGAAAUAAAUAAAAAAGUUAAUAUAUUUGUCAAUGUAUUUCUGAUCUACAAUGUUUACUAUAAAUGAGACAAUUGAAAAGACUUAUAACAAAGCAACUGUAAUUUUUGAAACAAUGCUAUAUUUCAGUAGUGUUUAGUGUUAUUGGGCAUUGGAGAGAGAGGUAUGAAAGUAUGUUUGUCACACGAAUCUGCUAGUAGGCCUAUACUGAAAAGGCUUUUUUAGGGCAAUAGGGAUACCAAUGUUACUCUUAAAGUUCAUAAGUAUCUUAAAGUUUCUUUAUAUUGUUAUUUAUUUUGUAAAUAGGAAAAAAUCUCACAACUAUACACAGGACAAUAAUUACAAACACUUUCAAAUGUUUGCUUAUAUUGCUCUGAUGAAGAAAUAUCUCAUAUGUUGUACAAAAUGUUAAUACUUUUUAAUAAAUUGUUAAUAAACUGCAGUAGCCCGUUAAAGAGAAA